AUGGCGCUCAGUGCCUUUGCGCUCAAGAAGAGCAAGAAAAAGACGCUCGCGGCGUCGGCAGGCUUUGCACCGUCUGCGCCUGCAGCACCCCAUACUUUCGAAAAGAUCUUCGUGACUGACUAUGACCCUAAUGCGCUGGUUGUCCUCGCCCAGGACGGAUCGAAGCCGCUCGUAAUUCCGCUACGAGAGACGAACUCCUGGAAUACCAUUGUGAAAGAAACAACCGAAGACGGCGACAAAAGAGACGAAGACGGCAGUAGAAGCGAUAGAAAUGCCGACAAAUGCCAUGGACCGAAAGAAGUCGAUGCGUCGUCCAUGGACCAGCAAGUGGCGGCGGCAAUUUGUGCCGAGGCGGCUCAAGGACGUGCUCCUUCGAGCGCUCUCAACUUGGUGAUUCCAUUGGCUGAUGAGAGAGAAAAGAAGCGUGCCGAGCUGUUUCAGGACGGUGCAAAGAGGUUAAGAGAGCAGCAGCAGAAGCCCAUUUUGCAGCAAAAUGCGGUCCCGGGGAUGGACGCGCUGCAGGACGUUGCAGACAAGUACCGACACGAUGUGGCGCUGCGUCCCGACGCGCUGGAUGUGCACAGUGACGUGUACGAGUCAGUGCCUGUAGAAGCUUUUGGGGCAGCUUUGCUGCGGGGUAUGGGAUGGAAAGGAGAUAAGACAAUGGACGACGAUGUGCAGAAGACUCUACAGCCAAGACACAAGUUACUAGGUCUGGGAGCGACCAAGCGACCGACGCUGGCUGGAGAGAGUCAAGGAAAGAAGAAGAAAAGAAAAAAGAAGAUGGAGAGCAAGGAAAAGGUGGCGACAGAGGCCAGCGACGAGCGCUCGGGACUUGAUGCGGGUGAUAGGAAGGAUGAUCGACGACGCUUUGGCAAAAGGACGACGGAUCAAGAACGACGUUGUAGUCCAAGUCGUGUGGAUCGACGACAGCGGAGUCGCAGUGGGAGCCGCGGACGUAAACGUGAUCAUAGCAGCGACCGUAGAGACCGCGAUCGCAGCAGAGACCGAGAUCGCCGUCGACGCAGUCGUAGUCAGUGUAGCCGCUCGGACCGACGCAACGAAAGACGCUAG